AUGACCUCCAACAAGCAGAUCGGUGCCAUGGAGCUCCAAGAGCGCGUCUCGUACAUCUCGGCGACGACCGACAAGCCAGCGGGCGACGACUAUGGUGACGCCAAGACGCCCGGCGAACUCGAAGACGGCGCCCUCCGCGCGGGUGGCGCGCCCGACUACUUGAGCCGAGAAGUUCUCGGCUUGCUCUCGCAGUAUGUCUGCGUCGGCCUCAUCUACGGCUGCCUACCAAACAUUCUCUACCCCGUCUUCACCGGCUACUACCACAUGACCGGCGCCCAGUACAACUCGGCCAAGACGUUGGUGACCAUCGGCUGGGCUACCGCCGCAAGUCCUGGAUGGUGA